AUGGCAAUUCAAAUUUUUUUACUUUUAAUAAAUUUAGUUUAAGGAGUUGAUAACUUUUUUGGAUGUCAAGUAUCAACGACUGGUUAAAUAAAUUAGAAGGGAGAUUAUUAAUUUAAAAUAAUUAGAUCAGGAGAUUUUAGCAAUCAUCCAAUAAAUUUAUUAAUAAGCUAUAAAAUAUAAAUUGAUUUUCCUUGGAAUAUCAAUAAUGAUUAUACUUGUUAUAAUGAAGAUAACAGUUUAGUAAGUUGUAGUUAUACUUCAAAUACAAAAGGAAUUGUGAACAAUUAUUUUGUUAAAGAUUAUACAAGUUUAGAUUAUUAAGAUUCGGAGGGAUUUACAUUUUUUAUUAAUUUGAAAUCAGUUUUAAAUCCAUCAUAUAGUGGGAGAUAUGAAAAUCCAAUUUAAAUAUCAAUAAUUAGUUCAACGAAUGAAAUAUUAGAAUAGUGUCCUAAUGGAGGAGUUAAUCCAACAGUAAAUCCAGGUAUAGGAACAUGUUCAGGGGAUGGAUAAUAAUCUAAAGUUAAUAGCAUAAAUACUGAUAUUUCAUUAAAUAUGUUUGUAAAGAACUCUUUGGCUGUAGAAGUAUAAUUCUUUAGUAAAAUAGAGUUACUUAAUUGUAAAAUAUACUCGUUUUUGGUAGAAUGAUAAAACUACAAAAGAAAUGAUUCCAGGAAUUAUUACUUGUUAAUUAUAUGCAAAUAACAUCUUUAUUUCAGGUACAAUUUGCUCAAAGGAUUCUACAAAUUUAUAAAUAAAAUCAAAUUUAGGAACUGGUUAUAGUGGAACAAAUGUAUAAUAUGUAUGAUAUUAGAUUACUCUAGUGAUUAAUGGAGUCAAUUCACCAUCAUCAACAGCUCCUGAUGGAAGUUUUAUUCUAUAAACUUAUAAUUCGAAUAAUAAAUUAAUAGAUGAAUGUUCGUUAACAUAAAUAAGUGGAUGGUUGCCUAAUGUAGUAAUACUUAGUAGUAUGACAUGGACAAAUAUAGUAAAUUAAGUAGAAAGACUAAACGUUUAAUUUCAAUUAAACACUUAAAUAUUAGUAGGAGAUACUAUUUAGAUUACUAUACCUAAAGAAUUGAAAAUAAAUUCCACAAUCUUAACUUAAAUAAGAGAUACUAGAAGUACUUUCUUUAAUACUCCAUUAUAAUCAUCAGCAUUUACUAUUAAUGAUUAAUUAGUCACAAUAACAUCAAGUAAAGCAUUUUCAUCUACUCUUACAAACAUUUUAUUAACAUUUUUUAAUGUAGUUGCUCCUCCAUCUAUUAAACCAUCUUCAACUAUUUAGAUUAGUACUUAUAGAGAUUCUUAUGUUAUUGAUAAAAGUAUAGCAAGUUUAACUAUUACAGCCUCUAAUGGUGCAAUUAGAUCAGUUUCUAUUAUUGCUUUAAAUACAGUUAUUAAUUAAUUAUCUGAUUAUGAAUUUGAUAUUGGAUUAACCAAUCCACUUUUAUAAGAUGGAUAUUUAAGAAUUUAAUUUCCUAAUUAAUUUGAUUUAACUUAAAUAACUCAAAUACAAAACUAUUUAAUCAAUUCUUAAUCUUAUGAUGCUAAAUUUAGUGUUUCUAGUCAAAGGUUGAUAAUAUCAUCAUUAUAUUCAUCUGAUAUUACUGCAUCUACUUAAAUAAAAUUUAAAAUCUCAUAAAUAAAAAAUUAAUUCAGUGCUAAUAUUAGUAAUACAUUUACAAUAUAAUCAUACUAUUCUAAAAACAGUGAAGAUUUUUUAGUAGAUUAACAUACAUCAUAUUAAAUGAGUUCAUUCACAUCUGGAUCUUUGGAUAGUAACUCUAUUACAGUAUAAGCUGAGUAUUAUAUUACUGGAUAGCUUGAUAAUUAUGAAAUCAAUUUUAUAAAUACAAAUGCUAUCUCUGCAUUAGGAUAUUUUAUUAUUAACUUUAUUUCUGAAUUUUCUAUGAGUGGAAAUCCUACUACUUGUUCAGUAAAUGGAAUCAGUAGUACUUGUUAAUCAACUGAUAAGAAUACUAUUAAAAUUAUUACAUCUACAAGUAUAAAUAGUAAUACUAAUAUUAAAUUAAAAAUAAAUUCUUAUAUUUAUAAUCCUAUCACUCUCUAAUCCUAUAGUAAAAUUUUGAUCAUAAAGACAUAUGAUGAUUAAGGUUUAUUAAUAGAUAGUGGAUAAGGGGGAUCUAUUUAAAUGUUAUAUCUUUCAACAUUUACAUUAACAUUAUUUUAAAGAGUCUCAUAAAUGAAUGGUGUAAAAAAUGCAUAUACUUUCUACAUCAAUUUUUAAGUCACUUAAAUAAAUGAAAUAUAUCUUAUAAUUGAAAUUCCUAUUGAUUUAUCUACUGAUUUAUAAUCUUGCUAAUCUAUUUCCCCAUUAUAAACUACUCUAUCUUGUUCAAUUUCAAAUUAACAAUUGUAGAUUCAAUUAAGUUGUAGUACUUGUACUUCGAUAACCAAAAACAUAGAUUAUAAGAUCACAAUUAAUCAAAUAAUUAAUAAUUCUUCAUUUAAACCAGUUAUCAUUUCUAAGGCCUACACUAUAUAAAAUUUAUCAAAUGAUUUAACAAAAUAAAGUUAAUUAAAAGAAUAAUUAAUAAUUACUAAUACAUAGACUAAUACUAUUAAGUCAUUUACAUAAUCAUAUGAAUAUGGUUAUCUAAAUUAACUAGAUAAUUAUUCAUUUAAUAUUGAAGUUUAUAAUUAAUUGAAUGCUAAUUUCAAAAUUGUACUAAAUGUUCCUACAGAUAUCAAAGUUUAUCAAUCAACUGAAGCAACUCCAACUAGUGUUAAUAAUAUCUAAAAUUUACCUGAUGAUGUUUUAGUCAUUUUAAAUUCCUAGAAUAUCAUUAUAACAGGUUAUUCUGGAUCUAAAAUUUCUUAAUUUUCUUUUAGAAUAAUGAAUUUAUUAAAUCCUAGUACUUCAUCAAUUAGUAAUCAUUUUACUAUAAAUACUUAUGAUAUUUAAAUCAAUAAUGAAUAUUAAAUGGAUACUGGUCAACUUGGUACAUACAAUCAUAAAUGUACUCUACCAUGUAAAGAUUGUGAUUCAUCUAUAUUAACUAAAUGUUCUAGUUGUUAUGAUAGCAAUAGAAGUAAUUUGGUCUAAUAGAAAAUUUAUUUAAUGAGCAUUUAAAAUACCUGUAUAACAGAUUGUUACCAAAUUGACGGUUAUUAUGUAACAAGUGGAGAUUUUAUAUGUUAAAAAUGCAAUCCAGAAUGUAAAAAAUGUAAAGAUGUAAAUACAUAUUGUUUGGAAUGCAGCGGAACCUAUAAAUUCUUAGAUAAUAAAUGUUUAGAGUCAUGUCCAAAGACCUAUUUCAAUAAUUAACAAGUUUGUACAAAUUGUAUUAAAAAUUGUGAUACUUGUUCAAAUACAACUUUCUGUUAAGUUUGUAGUGUUAAUUUUUAUCUUUAUCAACAAACAUGUGUUGAUGUUUGUCCUGCUAAUAUUACUAUUGCAAAUCAACAAUUAUAAACAUGUGAUACAUGUACUAAUAAUUGUUAAACUUGUCAAAAUCAAACAUCAUAUUGUAUAACAUGUAAAACCAAUUAUUAUUUAUUUAAUAAUACUUGCAUAUCUUAAUGUUUAGAUGGUACAUAUCCUUAUGAUUUUUAAUGUACAGAUUGUCUCAAAAAAUGUAAAACAUGUAGCAAUGCAAAUAAUUGUGAUACAUGUGACAAUAAUCUUUUAUUUCAUUAAAAUGAUUGUCUUGAUAAAUGUCCAGAUUAAUAUUUUGCAUUAAGUGGAAAAUGCUAAUAAUGUAAUAUAUCAUGUAAUACAUGUGAGUCUAAUUAAUAUCGAUGCACAAGUUGUGUAAAUAAUACUUUUUUGUAUAAUAAUCAAUGUUUAGGAUAAUGUCCAGAUGAAUACUAUAAUGAUAUUGAUACAAAUAAAUGUAUAUCAUGUAAGAUUCCUUGUAAAACUUGUAAAUCAAGUACAUCUUGUUUAAGUUGUGUAACUUAGACACCAAUAUUAUAUUAUUAUAACAAUUCAUGUAAUACAGAUUGUCUCUAAUAUUAUGCUCCUGAAAAUGGGUAAUGUAUUUAAUGUAGAAAUCCUUGUAAAUAAUGUACAACAACACCAGAUAUCUGUAGUGAAUGUUAUCCAAAUACUUAUUUAUUGAAUCAAAUGUGUGUCACUGAUUGUGGAGAAGGAUACUACAAAAACAGUUAAAAUUAUUAAUGUUUAGUUUGUUAAGAUCCAUGCAAAAGUUGUUCUAAUAGAAACGAUGAAUGCCUCACUUGCAAAGAUAAUUUAUAUUUAUUGAAAAAUAAAUGUGUUGAUAAAUGUUAAGAUGGAUAUUAUUAAUAAGAUUAACAAUGUCAACCCUGUUUAAAUGUUUGUUAGAGUUGUAUUGAUAAUGUCAGUUGUAUAUAAUGUAAGGACAAUCGAAUAUUAUAUAAUAAUCAAUGUUUAACAUCUUGUCCAUAGAAUUUAUUUGAAGAAAAUAAAAGUUGUGUGGGAUGUAGACCACCUUGUUUAUAAUGUGGAUAAUCUGCUGAUGAUUGUUUAUCCUGUAUUUCUACAACAUUUUUAAAUGAAUAAUCAGAAUGUGUAAAAGAAUGUGAAGAUGGAUAUUAUGGUGAUCAAAUUUCAAACAAAUGUUUAUAGUGUUAAAUUCCUUGUAAAACGUGUUCGUCAAGCACCACUUGUUUAAGUUGUAUAGAUUAGAUACCAAUAUUAUUUUAUUACAAUAACUCAUGUAAUACAGUGUGUCCAAAUAAUCAAGUUCCAGAAAAUGGAGUAUGUGUAAAUUGUAGAUAACCUUGUAAAUCUUGUAACACAACUCCUGAUGAUUGUAUGUCUUGUUUAAGUGAUUCAUAUCUUCGAGGUAAUAAGUGUUUGAAUAUUUGUGAUGAUGGUUAUUAUGCAGACACUACAACAAAUGAAUGUAAAUAAUGUAUAUCCCCCUGUCAAAAAUGCAUUAACCUUACAGUCUGUAUUACAUGUCUCUAAAGUUAAAUUAAUAAAAUUUUGGUAGAUGGUAAUUGUAUAUCCUCUUGUCCUAUUGGUUAUUAUGAAUCUAGUGGUACUUGUAUUCUAUGUACUAUUGAUUCAAAAGAGAAGACUUGCAAUUCCACUGUUGAAGUACUAGAAAGUAUUUAAACUGAAAAAUUCAUACCUUUGCCUUGUACUAUUCUUACAUUAGUAUUUAUUACAACUGUUAUUGUUGCUAAAAUAACUAAGCCUGAAACUUUUAUUCCUGGUGCUAUAACAUCUAUUGGAGGUUUAUUUGAAUGGGGUAGUCAUUGUGUCUUAUUAUAUCUAAGCUAUUCUGAAUGGGGAUUAUUUAAUACUAAAAACUAUAUUAUUAUGGGAGCUUUAACUUUUAAUUAUUUAUUCAACUUUGUUCAUUUGAUAUCUACAAGUUGUACUAUCUCAAAUGAUGUCUAUUUUUAAUAAUGGUUAAGUACUAGAUAAGUUAAUAAAAUAACAUAUGCUAUGUUAUCAUUUAUAGGAUUUAUUACUACCUUUAAAAUUAAUAAAUUAUAUUUCUCUAGAUAUUUUGGUUUUUAUUUUUUUAAAGCUUGUAUUGAAGACAUUAAAAAAUUUCUUAUUUUCAAUAUCAUUUCUUUAUUAAGUAUUUUCUUAAUUACACUGCCUAUGGUUAUUGCUUCAGCACUUAUUUUAAAUGAAUAUGAUUAGAAAGAUUAACUAUAUAUUUCAACUAUUGAUUCUAUUAUUGUCACUUUUAUUAUCUUUAUUUCAAUUAUAUGGGAAUCUUAAAAAAAUGAAGAUUAUUUUAAAGAUAAUAGAUCUUAAGCUUUACAUUAUGUUGUAUCUGGAUCAUAUGAAUAAUAAAUAGUAGAUUAAUCUAUAGAAUAAGCUAAAAUUAAUUCUAAUAAUGGAGAAAAUCUAAAUUAAUAAAUGGAUUAAUCUUAACAUAUUAAUUCAACUAAUAAUUAAAAGAAAUCAUUUUUAAUUAAAAAUAAUUCUGAAAUUAUCAUUCCAGGAAAAAAAUAAACAGUUGCUCCUGUAGAUUAACCAUUUUUUAGAACUUAAAAUAGUGAUUCAUAUACUAGUGCAUAAAAAAAAUAAUUUGAUUAAUUUAUCCAAAACAAAAAAACUAUCAAAAAUUCAGAUGAUUAGUCACUCAAUUUAUCUUCUAUUGAAGAAUAACUUUAACAUCCUCUUAAUGAAACUUCAUAAGAUAAAGAAUUUUUCAAUGAUUACAAAGUAUUAUAAUUUCAAAAUCCAGAAGAAUUUCAACAAAAAUUCAUUUAAACUGAAUCAUAACAAGAUUUAGAUUUUUCUUCAGAAUUAGAUUGUAAUAAUUUAAAUUUAAAAUAAAAUCAAUUAAAAACUCCAUAAAAUAAUACUCUCAAAGGUACUGCUUUUAAAAAAAGAAAUAAAACAAUUGAAAUUGUUGUAGAUCAAAUGAAUUUUGAUUAAACAGAUUAAAAUUAAAUCUAAAAUAGUUCUUAAUUAAAAAAAUAAUAAGAAAAUAAUUAAGAAGAAUUGCUUAAAUUAAAAUUAGAAGAAGAAAGACAAAAAAUUAUCAAAGAGGAAGAAUUAAAGUUAGAGUAAUUAAGAGAAGAAUAAAAAUUAAAAGAAGUAAUGUAUUAAGAACAAUUAUUACAAAUUUAAUUAGAAAAAUAAAGAAUUGAGGAUGAAAAAAAAUAAAUAGAAGAAGCUGAAAGAAUUAAGGCUGAAGAAAUAAUUAAAGAAACUUAAAAAAGAGAAAGAUAAAUAUUAUUGGAAAAAGAGGAAAAAGAACGAUUGUGGGUAUCUUAAUUAGAAAAAGAAUAAAGAUAAAGAACAUUAUAAGAACAAAGAGAAAUUGAAUUAAAAUAAGAAUUAGAAAGAGAAAAAUAAGAAAAAAUUAAAUUUUAACAAUAAUUACAAGAAAAACUAUUAAGAGAGUAAGAAUUUGAAAAAUUAGAAAUAGAAAAAAAAAAAAAUGCUGAAAUUGAAAGAUUGGAAAUACAAAAAUAAGAGGAAAUAAGAUUAGAGCAAUUAAGAAUUUUUAAAUAAAAAGAACUAGAAUUAUAAAAAUAACUUUAAGAAUAAAUCAAAAAAGAAAAAGAAGAACAUGAACUAAGAAAAAUAUAAUAGUAAGAAACUUAAAGAUUAUAAGAAGAGUUAUUAAGAAGAUAAAAACAAGAAGAAUUAAGAUUAAAAUAAGAAGAAGAAAUUAGAUAAUAAUAACAAUUAUAAUUAAGAUUAUAAAGAGAAGAAGAAUAAAGAAAACAGUAAUAAGAGGAAGAAAACAAAAAAAAACGAUUAGAAGAAGAACAACAACAAAAAAGACAAAAAAUAUUAGAAGAAGAAGAAAAGCAAAAGUUUAAACAAUUAGAAGAAGAAGAAAAUAAAAGACUUUAAUUAUUAGAAGAAGAAGGAAAGAAAAUGUUUAAAUUAUUAGAAGAAGAAGAAAAUAAAAGACUUUAAUUAUUAGAAGAAGAAAAAUAAAAAAUACUAAAUUUUUCUGCUUAAGAUUAGAAAUAAUAAUAAUCUCUCUCAUUUAUUGAUUUUGAUAAUAAUGUAGAAUAAAUUUCUUAAAAUAAUGAUGGAAAUAAAAUCAAGAAAUAAAUAUUUUUAUAAUUAGAUGAUCUUGAGGAGGAAUUUGGACUUCAAAAAAAAUAAAGAUUGGAUAAUAUUUCUAUUGAAUUUGCUGAAGAAAAUAUUUUAUAAUAAGAUGAUUAAUCUGGUUAUCAAAAUACUGAUUACUUGAGAUAAUUUGAGAUGAAUGAUCUAAGAUCUAUAUUUUAGCCUAGAAUUUCAUCUUAAAGUAUCAAUGUUAGCCAUUCUCAUAAUAAUCCUUAGUAAAUUCAUAAGACAAUUUAAGAUCUUCAUAAUUCAAGGCAUUUUUCAGGAGUUAAUCAACAUUAAUUUAUUCCUAAAAGGAAAAAUUCAAAUGUCCCUCUUUCAAAUUAAUAAAAACUAGAUAUUCCAAAGAGAUAAUCAAAAUCAUCUAAUCAUCAUAAUAAAAUUAAUUAAUAAAGUUAAAAUAGAGUUUUAGGAACUCCUACAAAUUAUCAUUAAAAUACCAUUAAUUUUAUUGGUAAUGCUUAUAAUACUUUUGCCCCUAAAACAGUUUUAAAUAAAGAAAAAGAUGAACGUUAUUUAAGAUAAAAGGAAGAAAUUUAUUUAUAACAUAUUCCUAAUUAUUAUGAAAAAUAAGUCUUAGAAAAUUUAAAAAAGAAAAAACAAUAAUAAUAAUAAAAGAAAAACAUAAGAACCAGCUAAUAUAAACAAUUUGAAGUAGCGGAUGAUUAACAUUUAGAUUUUUGA